AUGGGUAUGAUGAUCAAACCUCACUUGGUUCAAAGGAUCUUGAUUGGGUUUGGGAUCACCUUCAUCGGCUUGACCUGGCUGAGCUUGAAUGGCCCAUCUGCGCGGGGGACAGAGCAAAGGGCAUUUGAGAUUGACCGGCAAUCAUUAGAAGAGCAAAAGCCUUCGCAGGACCAGACGCUAUGGCACGACCUAGCCAAUACUCAAAAUAAAACUCUCGGAUUUGGCAAAAUUUUCGUCAUCAACCUACCAAGCCGAACUGACAAGCGUGACAACAUCAGCUUGGGCUCAUCGGUAACCGGGCUCACGGUUGACUUUGUUGAUGGAGUAGAUCCAGAAACAGUCAACCCGAAAACCUAUCCCUACAACUGGAACUAUGAUCAGUCGGACACGGAAUAUGCCUGUCGGCGAGCCCAUGUAAAUGUGGCCCAAAGAAUAGUUGCAGAGGGACUAGAUAGUGCCAUUAUUUUUGAAGACGACAUCGAUUGGGAUUUCGGCAUCAAAGCGCAGGUGCAGAGCCUUGCUCUCGCAACACGAGCCCUCCAAGGUACCCCUUCGAACUUCACUGGCUCCCCAUAUGGCCAUGACUGGGAUGUUCUUUGGACAGGCCACUGUGGAAUGGAGUGCAAGAACGAGGAACCUUUCUUCAUGACCCCAAACGAUAUGACAGUGGUGAUGGCUAGACACCUACCUCAUUACUUCUUUGGGGUGCCCGACUACGACGUCUCGAAUCGAACCAGACUGACUUGCACCCUCCGCGACGCCGCCUGUACGACUUCAUAUGGUUUAAGCUACCGCGGGGCCCAAAAAGUCCUAGCUGCGCUUUCAGUCAAUCCGUCCGGUUUUGCCGAUCAAGUCGAUACCAGCGUGCAAAUCGAUGUAGCUCUUGGUCGCAUGUGUUUGACCGGGGUAUUGCGAUGCUUCGGCGCGUUCCCUUCCUUGACAGGGAGGUAUGUGUCUGCCGGGCUAGCUUCAAAGGGUACUGAUCAGAGGAAACCAGAUGAGAUUCCCCAGAUGAAACCUGCUUUUAGCGACGGAGUUAUUUACAGCACAAUGCUCAACAUCAAGCGCAUUCUGAGAGGUCAGCGCACAGUUGAAGCAACCUGGUCUGAUGUGGAGUUGCACACUAUUCUUCCAGAGGAUAUCCACAUCGAUGGAGGAGAGUGCCAUCCACCAAUACACCCAUCAAAAGCCGCUGCCACACCCGAUCUACCUUUGCCAGACCUGAAUAUCAACCUAUAUUCAAGUAUAGAAACUGGCGAUGUCCCCUCGGGGACACUGUCGCCUCAUUAUGAGGCAUCUUCUUCAUCGCCAGUGCCAAUACCCUGGAAGCGUUAA